GCAACUCGGCGUCAUGCCACGCCCACGGCUGCAAAUCAGGCAACAUGCGUGGCACCGGUCCCUCGCCUCCUCACCUGCAGGCGGGAAAACUGCUAUCCUGCAACUGCUGCGGAGCAUGCCACCACCCUUCAUGUGCCCAGCUAUUCAGCCCCGAGGCGCGCCCAACAGACAAUAUCCAUCUCGGCCUUCCUCGGCUCCCUGCUAGCCCACGCAGCAAUGGCGAACCCACAGGAGCUUCGAUGUCUGACCCCUGCCCGCCAACGCCGCAGCUGCCGCCUUCACUAGCUAUACAAGCCACAAGCCGCAUGCAGACGCUGCCGAAUCCGUCACUGUCGACAAGGAGCGACGCCUGCGAGUGCUACAACACUGGUGCAAGGCUGGGCAUCAGCACCAGCACAGGCGACGGUAGCGGCUGGUUCUGCCCCGCAUGUCGAUGCAUACGCUGCGCAAAGCCUUGCAACCGUACGAUACUGAACCCUGGCACGCUGUUGCCACUGCAACCACCCCUUCCGCCUGAAGCAGUCCUGGUUUCGGAGCUUGAUGCCCUGCCGGCUCCGGGCACGGGGCAGCGGCGGUCACAUGCAGCGCAACUGGCGUUAUGGCGGUUGAUGACGGCAGCAGGGCAGCAGGCUAGGCCUCAGCAGGGCUGCCGUACCGCCUUGAGGCUGGCAUCAAUACAGUUGUACGGCAAGGAAGCCAUGCCGCCACCGCCACUGCCUCCGCCACCACCGACCCUGGCGCCCGAAGCCACGUCGGAGUUGCAGCAGUCCGCUGCUGGGACCCCGGCGUGCAAGCGGCGCCGAUUGACCGAGUACUGCUGUGAGGAGCGGAGCUGCGCACCCACGGGGUCCUCUGCACUCGGGCAGUUGACACCGCCACCGCUGCUGCCCCUGCUGCCUGGAUCGCUACCACCACCGCCACCACCACCUCCGGCAACACCGUCACCUGCAGCCUACAGCACCAUCGACAUCGCAGGCAUCGCUUGCGCUAGCGUGCAGGGUGCAGGAUCAGCAAGGCACCCAGCUUCCAGACGCACUGCCCAACGGCCGCAAACGGACGGCCCAGGACGACAUGGAUCCCCAUCCCGAACAACCCGAGAAGCGCUCACAUGCCCCAUCGCACCAAGAGCAUCAGGAGCAAUCAGCUCAUCCGGAGCAGCAGCAGCAGCAGGCGGCAGGUGCAGACCAGGCUGAAACAACAACAACA